AUGACGGAUAGCAUGAAAGAGGAGCUGAGGAAGGCACCUUUUGUUGCGGUCAUGUUGGAUGAAACGACAGACAUUAGCAACGUGGCGCAGAUGUCAUAUGGAGCUUCCAAGAUAAGAGAGUGUAAGGUCUUCUUCUCCCACCUCUCUGGCUUGGCCACCUUUUUCAGCCGCUCAGCAAAGCGCACCAAGCUACUGGAUUUUAUUUGCCAGCAUAGGCUUCCACGGGCAGCUCCUACUCGCUGGUGCUUUCAUUCUCGCUUGGUGUGCACAGUGGCAGAGAAGACCAGGGAAUUGAGAGAGGUGUUCGAGCACAUCGUAGACCAUCACACAGAGUUUGAUGACGAAACUGUUCAUUGCUCUGAUGGAUACAUCACCCUCCUUACCAGCUUCGAUUUCAGCUUUUGGUUGAAAACCUUCCACGCUAUCUUCUCCUACUCGGAUGUUGUUUUUGAAAUACUUCAGAACAAAGGUUUUGAUAUGCAGUUCUGCCUGGCCAGAGUGGAUCAGCUACAGCGACAAAUUGAACAGGAGAAGGGGAACUUUGACAGCGUCUACGAUGAAACCCAGGCUUUGGUUGGUCCUCCGCGCGGCCGUGGAGCUCAAGGAGACGUUCGUGCACGGUACAGGGAGCUCCACUGCAGCGUAAUUGACAGCCUGCUAACCCAGAUUUCCAACCGCUUCAGUGACCACAAAAAGCUGGAAUUCCUGGCCCUUCUGGACCCGCAACAGUUUCGGGCAUUACUGUAA